AACCUCGGGGUAAAAACAAACCAAAGUAUAAACCGCAAUUGCAGCUACAAAAACAUAAACUUUCACCGUGCAUUAUUUCGGGACCGUGGAAUACCAAUACCAAACAGAUGUUUACCGCACGAUAUAGCAAUGGACAAACUGUCUUUGAAUAGUGCUGCAUCUUCAGAUAACAUUUCAUCGGAAUUUGAAGUAGUUUUGUCACAAACUUGUCAUUCAGACAACUCAAACAUUGAAACCGGUUUGAAGAUUGCCGGUAAUGGUAACGAAGAUCAGUUAAAACAAACAUUAGAAGAAGUUAUGAUCAGUAGUGAUAUUAUUAACAGUGAUCUGAAAGCACAAGAAGAACAAGACACCUCCCAUAAUGAAACAAGACCAACCACAUUAGGUGUUGAAACAGCCACUGUACCAUCCAAGGAUAAGUUAUCCCUGGAAGAUGAAGAUUGCAUCUUAUUUAACGGAGUUUAUUAUCUUGGAUGCGCAUCAGUAAAUGCUCCAAGGAGCGAAAUGGAAGCUCUUCGAACAAUUUCUAUCCUCCGUGCUCAACAAGAUCCGGAGUCAAGUUACUUCCGGGAGUUCAAUCUUCCAGGACAAAACGACACGGAUGAUAAUCCUCUUCAUAAACAGAUUGAGGUUGUGCUCAGUGUUCCCAACAGAGCAGAUGGAACAGUCAGGUUACUUGAACCUGGAGUAUCUGGAGUGAUGACGUCAUUUAAACUUUACACGAUAUUAUUCUGCUGUCGUGGUGCUGAUGAUAGUGCUGAGAAAGAUUGUUUUGCAUUCACUGAAUCCCAUCAAUCAUCUGGAAUAUUUCAAUGCCAUGUGUUUCGAUGUGAAGUCCAUGAAGCUGUUCGUAAAGUGUUGUACAGUUUUGAACUUGCGUUUCGAAGUAUUCCAAAAAGUCCUGUAAACACAGAUGCAAAGUUAUCUGCUGGUGCUCAACUGUUAAGAAGGUCACAAAUACAGGAAGGCUUAGUGAGUGUCUCACCUGGAGAAGCAAGCAUGAACACUUUAUCACAUGAAGUUGAUGAAAACACAUUUUGUUUCACCGUGACACUGGAAAUUAAAGAGGACGACACAAAGGGUGGAUAUGCGACGGUUCCUUGGGAUAAAACAUCAUCUUGCUUUAAAUUACGUCACAAUUUAAUGAAACAAGUUAUUGUCAAAGUAACACAAACCAGCAAUGUGGAAUUAACAUUGGAAAGAUGUUUUGGAUUGUUACUUACACCUGGUCGUAAUGUGAAACACAGCGACAUGCAUCUGCUUGAUAUGAACCACUCACCAGUUGAAGAUGAACCAUUAACUGGAACACGAACUGUCGUUGGUUUGUGGGAUCCUUCGCAUACACAUUUUGCUUUGCUUAACACUGAAACACAAAAAGGUACUCGGGUGUUUCUGAGUGUUGCAGUUGACCUUGUAGUGCAAGAGAUACAAGAACCUGUUCGAUUUCUUAUUGAAACAAAGGCAAGAAUUUUUCCACAGAAUGAAAAGUUUUGGUAUUUCGGGAAAAAAAUCCUCCACGAACAAUUUUUCCUGAAACUGAAAGAGCUUGCCACUAAGAAAGUGAACAAACCAAUGUAUGAAGUGGAAUGUAUUGAAAGUGAAACAUGGAGGAGUAAAUGGUCUUCAUCCACGGAGCAACAUCCACCUCUGGAUCGAGCUCUUUGUUCCUCCUCACCUCAAGAUGAGGAAGAUGAUGAUGACACAGAUGAACCAUUGCUUAGUGGUUCUGGUGAAGUAAGCAAGGAAUGCACCGAGCGUGUGUUGCAUGACUGGGGGGAUGCCCUUGCAAGAUGGCGCGCUGAUCUUAGUCGUCGACCUACUGGUUUGCGGACACUUAUACGAGCAGGUAUACCCGAUGCAUUAAGAGGGGAGGUGUGGCAGUUACUUGCCGGUUGCCAUGACAAUCAGAGGAUGUUGGAAAAAUACAGAGUCUUGAUAACUAAGGACUCGCCCCAAGAAAACAUCAUACAGCGAGACAUACAUCGAACUUUUCCUGCAAAUGAUUAUUUCAAAACAACUGGUGGAUCAGGACAAGAUUCACUUUACAGAAUCACUAAAGCUUACUCAGUGUUUGAUCAUGAGGUUGGAUAUUGUCAAGGACUUUCUUUUCUUGCUGCUGCCCUGCUACUACAUAUGCCAGAAGAACAAGCGUUCUGUGUUCUUAUCAAAAUAAUGUACGAUAACAAGAUGAGAGAUUUAUUUAAAAACGGAUUCGAAACUUUACAUUUAAAGUUUUAUCAACUUGAUCGUUGUAUUGAGGAAUUGAUGCCAAACCUACAUGAUCAUUUUAAACAACUGGGAAUUGAAUGCCACAUGUUUUCAAGCCAGUGGUUUCUUACUUUGUUUACAGCUAAGUUUCCACUCAGUAUGGUAUACCAAGUUGUGGAUGUGUUUCUUAGCGAGGGUGAACCAGUUGUGUUCCGUGUUGCGCUUGGUCUUCUACACUGUAGCAGGAUGGAGUUGCUUGCUUUGGAUUUUGAGGGCGUUCUUAAAUACUUCCGCGUUCAACUUCCUAAGAAAUAUCGAAACGAGGAACAUACAAAACUUCUUAUUCAAACUGCUGUCAAUCUAAAGUUGAAGAAAAUGAAGAAAUAUGAGAAAGAUUAUCAACUUGAGAAGGAGAGGUUAGCAUUGGAGGAAGAUCCUUUGAUUAGAAUUGAGAAAGAAAACAAACGUUUAAUGGAAGGAAACUUGCGACUUGAACUUGAAAAUGAUGAUCUUGCAAGGGAACUCGUAACUAAUCGAGUAACUCUUGGUACUCAACUUGAAAAGACGAUGGAACACGCUGACAACCUCCAAUGUGACCUAAGUGCCGCCAUUGAAGAUUUACGAACAAAUCGCAACAAAGUUUGCGAAUUAAACGAUGAAAAUCAAAGACUUGUUGUUGAAGCAGCUCAGGUUAAAGAGAUGUGUAGAAAGGAAAUGGACAGACAAGCAACUGAGAUUGAAGCAAAGUCAAAGAUUGUGGCAGAUUAUAAAACUAUUUGUUCACAAUUAAGUUUAAGAAUCGAAAAUAUGCAAAUUAUUCAUAAAGAAGAAGUGGAAGCUGUUAAGAUGAAUAAAGAAAAUGUUCCUUCGACAAAACUGACGCAGUCGGACAAGGACCAACAACAUAAAAAUGAAAAAGAAAAAUUGGAAAAACAAAUUCGAGAACUUGAAUUACAACUUGCGCAAACUAAACUAAAACUUGUUGAAUCCGAAUGCAGAGUGCAGGAUGUGGAACACCAGUUAGCAUCAAGCACUAAGGAGUUACAAGCAUCCAAAAACACUUGGUUCCAGAAAACUCUGUCCACGUUAACGACACGAAAAACUGAUUCCUCCAACAUUCCAUCGCCUACAGCGACAUCUGGUGCGAGUUUUGCAGCGGAAAAUAUUAACGUUCCAAAACGUCAAACUGUUCCCUAGGAUUUUUACAUAAUUCCUUGUGUUUUAUGUGAAAUUGCUAAUUGCUGUCCCACCAUAUUUACUGUGCAAUGAUGUAACUACACUUCACAUAUAUAUAUCAUUUUAAAAUUCUUGUAGUUUUAUAAAUUUUCUCUAUUUUUAUUUUCCUAUUAUAAAAGAAUGUACAAACGGACUGAACUUUUUCGAGUAAAAUUUCAAACCGGAUAUUCAAAUUCCCCACCUCAACAUUCGAUGUUGCAUGUUGUUAUGACGUCACAUGCCCUACGUAUUAUGACAUCAUACACGACAACGUACUGUGCUAUGUUAUGACGUCAUUGUAAAAUCCCUAAGUCAUGAAGCGAAAAAAUUUAAACGAAUUGAAGCAUUUUUUUGGAAGCUUUUGAACACUGUCGUUUUUUUUUGAGUGAUUAGUUUUAAAACAAUAAAGGUCCUUAAAUCAGCCACGAGAGGCGCUGCAUGUUACCAUCUUCUUGUUGUCUAUUAUUUGUGUGUUGUUGUAUUCCGUUGUUCCGAACAAUAAAACGUCACUUACAUCUGAUAAA